AUGGAGCCUGAUAACAACAAUGAUUUACCACCUGAAUUAGUUGACAUUCUUUUACAAUUUUCAAUUGCUGUCCUUAAAGCAAAACCAGCUAAUAUAAUCACUUUUGGAGCAAAAUAUUUUACUGAAUUAUCUAAUACACAAAAUAAACCCACAGUGCAUAAGACUGUAAUGCUUAAAAAUGUUACACCAACAAACAAAAUUGUUACUGUUGGCAUUAAACCCCAACACAGUGAAGCCAGUGAGACAGACAGUGUCUUUAGCUUUGAUAUACAAGAUUUAACAACACACAAAUCGUUAAAAACUCGUCGCCCGAGUGUUGCCGCUGAACGUUACAAUCCAGAAGAUGAUGAGGAGGAUGAGAAUGACGAGGAGACGGAGCCUAGUGAAGUAAUGGUGAAAUCAGAAGAACAAAAAAUUAUGCUGCUGGAUGUGUGCAAAAAGAAUACGAUAUUCGCGUCUAGAGAUGAUGAAACCAUUCUGAAAAUCAUUGAUGUGAUGAAGUGUCGGCCAGUGGAAUCCGGGGAAACAAUCAUUGAACAAGACGAUGAUGGGGAUAAUUUCUAUGUGAUUGAAAGUGGGAUUUAUGAUGCUAUAAAAAGUGAUAUCAACGGUGAGGAGACAUGCGUGUACACUUAUUAUAAUGAAGGCUCAUUUGGAGAAUUAGCACUGAUUUACAAUGCACCGAGAUCAGCCUCUGUGAUUGCAAGAACUAGUGGAAAACUUUGGUAUAUCACUAGAAAACACUUUCAAAAACUUAUAUUAUCUCAUGCGUCGAAACAACGUUUUAAAUUUCUUGAUCUUUUACAUUCUGUUAAAAUGUUUCAUGAACUAAGUCCAGAUGAAAGAAUGAACAUAGCUGAUGCUUUACGUACACGAAAAUAUAAAGAUAAUGAGUGUAUUAUUCGGCAAGGUGAUCCAGGAUAUGAAAUAUACUUUAUCAUGGAAGGGAAUGUGAUUGUUAAGCGUGAAGAUAAGAAUGGCGUUGAAUCUGUCAUAUGUGAAUUGGGUAAAGGCAGUUAUUUUGGGGAACUUGCUUUACUGGUUAGAAAACCAAGAGCAGCAUCUGUCUAUGCACGUGGUAGUGUAACAACAGCUUACUUAGAUGUGGAUAGUUUUGAAAGGCUGCUUGGUCCUUGUGUGCAUAUUAUGCGUCGUAAUACCAGCACUUAUGGAAGUUAUUCAAAGCUUUUAGACAAUGAAGAUAUUAGUGAUAUCUGA